AUGCGCUUUGCGACGUGGGCUUUUGGCCUCUUCUUCCCUGAGGACGUUCGGGGCAAGGUCGUCGUCAUCACGGGCGCGUCGUCGGGCAUCGGUCAGGAGGCAGCGCGGGUAUAUGCGCAGAAGGGCGCGCGAUUGGUGUUGGCGGGGCGGCGGGAGGAGGAGUUGCGGCGCACUGCGGAAAUGUGCAAGAUGGAGGGCGCGGAGGCGCGCGUUGCUCUGGUGGACGUGACGGUGGCGGCGGAGUGCGAGAAGCUUAUCAACGAUACCAUCGCCGCCUUCGGACGCCUGGACCAUCUGGUGAACAACGCGGGCAUCGCACACAGCUUCUUCAUGGAGGAGGCCAAGACCACGGACGUCGCGGAAGUCAUGGAUGUGAACUUCUGGGGCGCCAUCUAUCCCACGUUCUAUGCGCUGCCUCAUCUGCGGCGCUCCCAGGGCCACAUCGUCGUCACCUCGUCUGUGGCGUCCUUCAUCCCAUACCCCCGCAUGGCCGUCUACAAUGCAGCGAAAGCAGCGCUGGUGAACUUCUUCGAUACGCUGCGUGUGGAGGUGGGCGACGAGGUGGGCAUCACCAUUGCUACUCCCGGAUGGGUGGAGAGUGAAAUGACGGCUGGCAAGUUCGUGACAGCCGAAGGAAGGGUUGUGUGGGACAAGGAACAGAGAGAUGUAAUAGAGCCCACUGCUUGGUGUGCGUCUGCUAUUGUGAAUGGUGCACUACGUCGCCAACGCUACGUGCGGGUGCCAUCAUGGUACACAACAUUUCUCUACUACCGUGUCUUUGCCCCGGAUGUGAUGGAGAGUUUAUCCCGGCUCUUGUUCACAGCCCCCCGAGGAAAGACCCCUAUCAGCAAGAUGGUGGUGGAAGCUGGUGCUGAGAAGAUUGCCGCUGCCGAUUGCUUUUUCUCAGGCGAGCAGAAUCCACCACCGCAUCGCGAUGCCUCUAGCCUGCGGAAACGGCGGGUGGUGUCCCCGCUAGUGCGACCCGGCCGCAGACGCUCACUUAUAACGCUAAAUACGAGAACCGCAGCAGCCCGCGACGCGCCCUUUCUUGAGGAGAGCCAGCUGAGCGUGUUGUUGGAGCUGAACAAGGCGUGGGGCAUGUGGCCCAAGAACACCAACGCCACCACUGCGUGCACCGCGUGGCCUGGCGUCCAGUGCUCCCCGCGCGGAUUCGUCGUUGCUCUAACUCUGAAUGAAGCGGUGGACCCCGGGCCGCCACCAGGUGGCGUGAUACCGCCCUCCAUCACCCGCCUCUCCACCCUCCAUCACCUCGAUCUGACAUACGGCAUUACCCUCAAGGGACCCUUGCCAUCACUCGCCGCGCUCACCCGCCUCACCUAUCUCGCCCUGGGAGGAGACAGCCUGUGCAAGCUGACGGGCACUUACGGCGACCUCACGUGGCUCUCCACGCUCUCCAACCUGCAAACGCUGAGGCUGACGGAUAUGGUGGAGUUCCAAGGAGACCUCUCCUCCCUCGCCAUGCUCUCCAACCUCCGUUCCCUCCGCAACCUGAGGCUGUGCAGUCUCACCAAUGCAACAGGACAGGUCCCCAGGGACCUCCGAUACUUGACUGCCCUCACUGCACUCGACCUGUCAUACCUGCGCGCCUCAGACUUCCCCGACUGGGUGGUGCAUCUCUCCAACCUCCGCACCCUGAACCUGAACACGGACGAGGCAACCCGCCAUGGGGUGCUGCCAGAUGGCAUCUCCCUGCUCACCGCCCUCACUCAGCUAUUCAUUAAUAGAAACAACCUGGCGGGCUAUUUGCCGGGAGGUCUGUCUAACCUGGUCAACUUGCAACAACUCUCUUUGAAUUACAACAUGAUCCAAGGCGCCAUACCCGAAGCGUACUCCACAUUGACAGCGCUCACGGCACUCGACCUGUCGUGGAAUCAGCUGUCAGGGACCAUACCGCCAAUCUUCACCACCAACCUGCAGUCCUUAAUUCUAAGCUACAAUGGGUUUGAGAGCAGCAUCCCGCCACAUCUCGCCCUGCCCACCCUCACAGAGCUGGAGCUCAAGUACAACCGCUUCACAGGGGCCUUUCCCGCCACCUUCACUCGCCUCACCGCCAUCUACAUCUUGGAUGUGACAAACAACAGACUGUCGGCGGGGCUGGACGUCAUCGCUCGCAUGCCCUGGCUCACUGAUAUCAUGCUCAGCACCAACAACUUCUCUGGCGCCAUCCCAGAGUUCUUCACAGCUUUCACAAGCCUCGCCGCCAUAGACGUGUCCAACAACCGCUUCACCGGAUCCUUCCCUGAGCUGCUUCUCACCCACACGGGGCUUGUAGCACUGAAUGUGGCGAACAACAGCUUCUCAGGGCGCAUCUCCCAGCAGUUGAGCGCGCUCACGGACUUGUCUGACAUCAAUCUGAGUGACAACCAGUUCCAUGGGGCCAUCCCAUCAGCCCUCUACCAGCUGCCCUCGCUCCUGUCACUGCAAGUGGCCAACAACUUCCUCUUGGGCGGCCUCCCACCCUCCCUCAAGGCAUCCUCCUCCCUUACCAUGCUCGAUGUGGCGGGCAACGGCAUCACAGGCAACCUGCCCGACUUCUCCCGCUGGCGUGUCAACCUUGUUCGCCUGGCGGCCAACAACAACAACCUCACAGGGCCCAUCCCCGACUCCAUCUCCACGCUCACCUCGCUUGACACUAUCAUGCUGAAUGACAACCAGCUGUCGGGGUCCAUCCCAGACGCCCUGCUCACCCUCACCAACCUCAAGUUCCUGUACCUGGCCAACAACCAGCUGAGCGGCUCCUUUCCAUCCGCCAUCAGCCGCCUGCAGAACCUCGAGCAGCUGUGGCUGGACAACAACAGCAUUCAAGGAAUUCUGCCCCCCUCCAUCUGCUCGCUGCCCGUUCUCUGGCGCAUCAUGGUGAGCAACAACCACCUACACGGGCCCUUGCCGCUGUGCCUCUUCGACAAGUGCAUCAACCAGAUUGACGUGAGUGGCAACAGUCUGUACGGGCGUGUGAACCGCAACUUUCGCAACAUGGUGGCGGACGGGGACGCGCUGGUGAACCUGGCGCGCAACUACUUCAACGGCGACGCCGUGCUCUUUGCCGACGGCUGCCAGGUCUGCCCCAUCGAGAUCAACAAGCCCAACCGCCUCGAGCUCGGCGACACCAGCACCUCGGAUGCGGCGGGCAAGUGCGUGGGGAGCGUGUCCGGGAGGCGUGACUACUCCGUGGCGGGCGCUGGCAAGAGCGCACGUGUGAGCCUCUCUUACAACUGCCUCACGAUCAACCCCGAAUUGCCCUGCUCCUCCAACGCCACCCAGCGCAGCACUGCCGAGUGCCAGGCGUUCUGCAGCAUCACAGAGAACGGCCCGUGUGACGGCCAUGGCGAGUGCGUGCCACCCGCCCCCGGUGUCAGUGGCAACUUCUCGUGUGUGUGUGAUGCGGGGUACAGCACACUCACCUCGGUCAACGGCUCCACGUGCGGCAUCGUCAACUCCACCACCACCGUUGUGUCGUCGCUGUCCACGGGUGCCAUAGUGGGCAUUGCAGUGGGGUGCUUUGCGGGCAUCACUCUGCUCACCGCUGUUCUCGCAUGGCUGCUCUGGCCGCGUGGACCAAAGAAGUGGGAGGGGCUGGACGUGUGUGAGCAGUUCUCGCUGCAGCAGAUAAUGAAGGCCACCAACAACUGGGCGGCGGAGAACGUGCUGGGCGAGGGUGGCUUUGGCAUCGUGUACAAGGGCGUGUCACCACAGGGCCUGCUGUGGGCCAUCAAGCGCUCCACCGUCAUGACCAACGAGUUCGAGACUGAGGUGCGGGCGAUGGCGAACCUGCACCACGUGAACCUGGUGCGGCUGCUGGGGUUCUGUCUGGACCAGAACACGGAGACGGGCAAGCAGGAGCAGAUCCUCGUGUACGAGUUCGUGGGCAACAGGGACCUGCAGUACCACAUCCACAAGACCAAGCGCGCGUUGUCGCUGCGGCAGCGGUUGCGGCUGGCGCAGGGCACGGCGGAGGGGCUGGCAUACCUGCACGGGUUUGAGACGUCCAUCGUGCACCGUGACAUCAAGCCCGCCAACAUCCUGGUUACCCACGACAUGCAGGCCAAGGUGGCUGACUUUGGGCUGCUCAAGCGCCUCACUCACGGCGCCGAUGCGGACGCCACGCGAGUGGCGGGCACGCCCGGCUACGUGGACCCCGACUACAACCGCACGCAGAUGGUCACCGCCAAGAGCGACGUCUUCAGCUACGGCAUCGUGCUGCUGGAGCUGCUCACUGGCAAGUCACCGCAGGUCAACAACAAGACUCACAUCCGCAAAUGGGCGGCGAAGCUGGUGGAGGCGUACGAGUUGGAGCAGCUCAAGGACGACAGCCUGGAGUGCAGUGAGGAGGCCAUUGUGGACUUCGCCGACCUGGCACUGGACUGCAUCAAGUCACCGGGCACACGGCGCCCCGACAUGAAGGACAUAGCGUACCGCCUCAAGACGCUCAUUGACAAGCACUGCCCCAACAGGGAGGACGAGUGGGAGUGCGUGGAAGGCGACGACAAGGCGCGCCUGACUGAGUUGUCGGGGUCGGGGGCAGCAUCGGGCAUGUCGUCUAACAUGUCAUCCGGCCUGUCUUCAGGCUUGUCCUCGGGAGUGAGCGCGGGUGACUCGCAGAUGUCACAGGGGUCGUACAAGGCAGGCAACUCCUUCAUGAGCCUCGGCUCCAACGUCAGUGGUGUCAGGAGCUGGCUGCAAUCCAAGCUUGCCGGAGGCCGCUAG